UCCACCAUCCAGACCUCCACGGUCCAUCAGGCAGAGGUAGAGAGGAGGAGUGGGCGGAGUCUCAGCAGUGGGCGGAGUCUCAGUAGGGCCAUGGCGUAGUUGGUAGUAUAUGUUCCACACUUCCCCGCUCACACACCCUUCCUGUCUUCUUCUGAAGCGCGGGGAGUGUGUUGCGGCAACUUUUUGUCUCAGUAAACACACACUGAUACACACAUAAGUUGGAUUUAAUUAUACCGUGCUUGUCAAAUAACAUCAUCUCAAGUUAUCCAAGUAGUUUUGGUUUAUGGGCAAACCAUUACGUAUAAAGACAGCAGUCAUAAACUUUAUUUAUAGGUUACACAACAGGUUUAGAAAAUGUUUUAUGUCAAAAUUCCCUCAGGAUGUGCAAUAAAACAUCUGAUUAGAUUUAUGUUUUUAACAAUGACUCAGCGGAGGUGAGCAUGUCUAUAGAUGAGUGGAGCCUGGUUAUAUUAUUUCAAUACAUUUUUAAUUUGUGAAAAUGGACUAGACAAAUAAACUGAAUUAAAUUGAAUUGAAUAAUUUACGUGAGGCAAUCAAACAUAAAAUGUGUAGUUUCUGACAUUUUAAACCCAAAUUCAGUAUUUAUAAUUAUCCUGUUUAUCCCAAAAAUAUGCAUGUUCAAAAUAAUGAUUUCAUAUCUCUCCCUCUAAGGUUCUGCAGGCUCCAGGCAUGUACCAGUGUGUGUUGGACAAAGUGAAACACUUCACUCCUCACAGCACCGACUCAGUCAACACAGCAGGCCUUUUGCCAGAUGUUGCUUUCACCCUUUGUAUCCAGUCCCCCGGAGAAGGCCAUGGGAAUUAAGGGAAGUUGCAAGAGGAGACGCGCUGAGCGUGUUUGCGCCAGCUGGAGGCGAUGUCGCUCCUCCUCUCCUCCUCUCCUCCUCUCCUCUCUCCUCUUUCCUCUGCUCCGCUCUGCGCGGCCACUGAGCGUUCAGUCUGCUGGGUGAGAUCAUUACCAGACACCAGGCUCCGGGACCUGACGUUCACCGAUCGGAAAAGCAGAAAGAGAGAGAGAGAGAGGGCGAGGGAGGGAGAAAGAGAGAGAGAGAGGGCGAGCUAGAGAGAGAGGGAGGACGAGAGAGAGAGAGAGAGCCCUGAUCCCAUGCAACUGGCGAGGGAACGCGACCCAAACCACGGUCUCCUGCCUCCGGUCCUCAGUCUCCGGUCCCGGUGGAUGCGCGCACGGUCUGGCCGCUCACAUUUUCCUGCUGGAUUUGGGCUUGGAGUCGGAUGCGGGCUUGUUUUGACUGCAGUAGUAGUCCUCCCCCCUCCUCCCCCCCUUACCGACCGAGUUGCGGAGUUGAGAGGGAUCUCGGCGCCGAAAAGCUCCCGGAGUGACCAGCGAUCCUGCAAGGCACCGGAGACGCCGCGCGCGCGCGCCGCCGCACGAGUCAAUCCGCACGAGCCCCGAACGAUCUCAUUUCUGUGAGGAUUUGGACACAAGCGCCACGUUCCCGACUGGAUCCCCGUGCGUGUCUGCCGGGCUCCUGCCGCCGAGCGGCUGCAGAGCCUCUGCUCGCGCUCGCGCUCCUCCGCUCCGCUGACGCCAUUUUCCUCGGGCUUUCUGUCAGGAGAUCCACCGACGUCUCCUCUGCCUGACAGCUGCCGGGAGGCUGUCAUCCAUCCGCCGCGGCGUGUGUCAGAUGUGUCUCAAUGGAUUGUAAAUGAUCGUGAUCAAAUAUUUACACGUUAGAGCCGAGUGUGUGACGACAUUAGACAUGGACUGCCCCUGGCUGCGCUGUGUUCCGGUGGGACGCCCGACCCGACCCCAGUAGUGGACCGACAGCAACCGACCGGCCCGACAGACGACCGUUCUCCGCCGUCCUAUUGGCUGCCGCAGCUUCUCCCGUCCUGACUGGCUCUGGCGGGAGCGUGGAUGGAGCCGAGGGAUCCGGUUGGCUCGGCCCGACCCAAAGAGGCGGAGUUACAGGGAGGCAGGGUGGGGCCAAAUGAAGAGUUGCAGGAAGGAGCGGGGGCCGUCGGUUUGGCGCGCCGCGAUGAUGUGAUUACCGGUGCCGUGAGUGAAGGGGAGGGGCUAGAGGAACAGGGGGAGGGGCUUCUGGAGGAACAGGAGUUCUCCAUCAAGGAAGCAAGUUUCCAGGAAGGAAGUCUAAAGCUGAAGAUUCAGACCACCAAGCGCACCAAGAAGCCCCCCAAGAACCUUGAGAACUACAUUUGCCCACCUGAAAUCAGGAUGACCAUCAGACCUCCGGUCGGAGAGGGCAAAGGAGGGCGGCAGGGCCGGCCAGGAGGCGGGGCGGGGCGGGGCCAGAAGGACGAGGAGCGAGGACCCCCCAGGAAAAGGACGUACGAGCGCCAGUUCCGGAUGCCUGAGCAGAGAGAGGGAGGCCUGCUGCAGCUGCUGGGCGACGCCGCGCUGCCCCGACAGCAGCCCCGCGGCGCCCUCCCUCCCCCCCAACACGCUCACUCACAUCAGCACCAACUCCAUCCGGACUGGACCGCGGCUCCGGCACCGUCUGCAUCCCCGGCCAAUCCUGCAGAUUCAGAGGCGGCCAGAGAGCUGGCGGCGGCCGGCCGGAGCUCCUCGCUCGAUCCGACCCAACCUUUCUCACGCGCCGCGACGCGAAGCCCCUCCCCUCAGAGAUCCCUGACUCCAGACCUGCAGUUGCCAGUGGUUACGGAUGCCAGUAUUCUCAACCUGACGUCUCUCAGCAGGGGGAGGGGCUUGCAAGAAGUCAGUGAGCAGCUCUUCGGGAACAUCAAGAGGAAGUACGGCAGGAAGGACUCCCAGAGGACGCUCGGUGGUCCCCACAGCGCCGACCCACUCUGGGGAACACAGCCAGAGACGGCGCCGGAGAGCCCGACUCACGCAGAGGAGAGACAGAGGUCCGGGCUGGAGGAGACGGCCGAGCGCUUCCAUGACGACCGAGAGGAGAGGAGGAAAGAGGAAAGAGAGCGAGCGAUGGCUGCGAGGAGAGGAGACGAAGAGGACAGGGGGAUGCCCACGCUGACAGAGGAAGGCAAAGGGAGGAAGCGGCGGAGGAGGCCUUCUUGUGACCAGUCGUUGUCUGCAGAGGAGCAAUCACAGCCACGGCAGGACUGUGACGCUCCGGAGCCGCAGCCCGGGGCCCCGGAGCCCAAAGGGGCUCACAAGAUGGAGACUCACAAAAACCACUCUCGACUUGCGAGUCCCGCCGAUGUCAGCAGAGAACGGAUAGAGAAAGCAGAGAGAACAGAUAAAGGCGAGAAAAGAGAAAAAGGAGAGAGGGUCGACCGGGCGGAAAGAGGAGAGGUGGCGACGUGCGGGUCGGACCCGGAGUCAAACCGGAUGAAGAAGAACCCGGUGGGUCGUCCUAAGAUCAACACGGACGCCCUCAGACACAGAGAGACGGCGUAUCACCACAUCAACAAAGCCCACCUGAACACAAGCGCCAGGCUCCCGAGCCCAAACCCCAGGGGCAGCGUCGGCACCGGGCUCGGCCCCAAACCCAGGGUGGCCUUGAGUCCGAGCCACAGCACCGGCUCCACGGCCAGUUCCAGAACAUCCAAGACCAAGGACAGGUGGUCCUACCUGAAGGCUAACAGCCACGCCAGCCUCACGUCACCCCACCGAGACAACCGGGGAAGCCCUUCCACCUUAGCGGAGCCGCCUUCGGCCUUCCCCAUCACGCCCUCCAGCCCCCUCUACACCAACACCGACAGCCUCACCGUCCACACGGCCGUCAAGAGGAAACGAGGGCGGCCCAAGAAGCAGCCGCUGCUCACCGUGGAGACCAUCCACGAGGGCACCGCCAGCUCCCCGCCCAGCCCCCUGGCGCAGGACACCUUCGCGGGGCUGAACCGUCGGAGGAAGACGCUCAACACGUUGGUGCAGAUGGCCUCCGCCGCCACCGGCGCCAACAGUCUGAAGCCGAAGCGAGGCCGGGGCCCCUCCAGGCCAGCGAGUAAGAUGAAGAUCGGGAAAAUGCAAAGCAUCCUGAAUGAGAUUCUUUCAGGCUCCGGUCAGAACGGCUCUCUGGCUCUGAAAUCGUCUUCCGCCCCCGUGACCUCAGCGAUGAGCGCCAUGGCGUCCACGAUCGAGGCUCGGCUGGGAAAACAGAUAAACGUCAGCAAGAGAGGAACCAUCUACAUCGGGAAGAAGAGAGGGCGGAAACCCAGAGCAGAAACCCAAGGCUCCAACCCCCCCAGAACCGCCUCCACAGCCGGGCUCUACGAGGGCCCCGCCGCCGCGCCCCCGGCCGCCUCGCCUCCCGCCUCCGGCGCUCCGUCCUCGAGGGCCGGCCACUCCGAUGCCACGAUGCCCAGCCUGCAGCCCAUCUCAGCCUCCAAAGCCCCGGGCAGGAGCUUCCUCUCCGGCGGAUGGAAACUGUCUCCUCCUCGUCUUCUGGCGAACUCCCCGUCCCACCUGUCCGAGGGGGCGUCGGCGAAGGAGGUGACCCUGUCCCCGAUCAGCGAGUCCCACAGCGAGGAGACCAUCCCGAGCGACAGCGGCAUCGGGACGGACAACAACAGCACCUCGGAUCAGACGGAGAAGGGCUCCGCCUCUCGGCGCCGGUACUCGUUCGAUCUGUGUGGCUUUGAGGCUGCGGAGGCGGCGGCCCUGGAAGCAUCCGGCCGAGGCGGCAGAGCGCGCUGCGAGCGGCAAGCCGUCGACAACUUCCUGUCGCAACAGGAAAAGAAGCAAAAGCACCAUCGGCGGAAGAGGAAGUGCCUCCAGAGCCGAGAUCAUCUCCACUUCCUCUCUGAGCUGGAGGAGGUCGUGUCGAAGCUCCAGCAGCUCCGAGUGUCUCACCGGCGAUACCCCUGCUACCCCCAGCAGCCGUAUCCCUCCAUCUUCCGCCUGAACUUCCACCACUACUACCCCGUGACCUACGACUCCUACCCCUGCGACUCGAGCUCGUACCUCCGCAGGAGCGCCGACCUGAAGGCCAAGAGGAGGCGCGGCCGUCCGGCCAAAGCCAGCGAGCCGAUGGCGUCCAAGCUGCCUUUCGUUCAGGGAUACGGUUAUCCGCUGGCGGGGGGGAACUACUAUGCAGCGCCGUACGCGAUGCCUUACGCGCCUCCUCUGAGCCUGGGCUACUUCCCCCCCGCCGCCCCGUUCUACCUGCCCCACCACUCGCUCGGCCCCGCCCCCCCCUCCCCCUUCAUGAGGCCCGCCGCUCCCCCUCCCAAGGCGUUCCACUCCUUCGGACACUCGCAACUCCAGCCGGGGGCCAAGCUUCGCAGCUCCAGCGGCCCGCUCCAGGGGCCCUCUGUGCGAGGAGAGGGCCUGGGGUCCCUCGGCGGCGGGGUCCGCCUCCAUAAGAGGAAGCACAAGCACAAACACAAGCACAAGGACGAGCCCCUCCUCUCGCUGCGAGACCGGCAGGAGCUGGGCGGGCUCUUCAGCGGGGCGACGGCCAGCGCGCGCCUCGGCGUGCUGAGCGACCGGAGGCCCUCGGGCAGCCAGGGGCCCGAGCACCCGGACAGGCAGAGGGGCGGCGGCAGAGGCUCGGGCCCGGGGGCCGGCCCCGGGAUGUUCGAGCCGGAGCAGCCGUCCGACGGCCGGUUCCACUCCCGUCAGACCCGACAGCCGACCGACGGCUUCGGGAGCGGCUACGGCGGCCAAGCCCGGUGGGCGGAGGCCGCUCCUUCUUCGGACCUCUUCUCGGGGUCGCGGGGGGACGAGUGCGCCGGGCGCAGCAGGAAGACGAGGGUCGCCGUGUUCGGGGAACGGGGCUUGAUGUCGUUCCAGACCGCCAGGCAGGAGCCCAUGAGCAACUGCUCUGUUCCCGCCCAAAAUGCCAGUUCACUCACGACCUCCUGGAGCGACCUCACGCCAGAGAGCCUCCCGUGGUUCGCCUGUGAAACGCUUCUGAUCCAGAGCAUCAGCGCGUCGGAGUUCAGCGUCGUGUUGCCAGAGCGUCCAUGAAGGCCGUGCACACCCGGGGCGCCCUGCAGGGAGGGGCCUCUGGAGCAGAGCCGAGGCACACGACGCUCCACCCGGCGUUACCCUGUCUGCAUCUCGCCGUCUCAAAGCAGGGAGAUGAAAUCACAACUUGCCAACGUUGCAAAACUUUGAAUACGGCAAGAUCAGGAGCGUGUUCGCAGAAAUAAUUCCUGUCCACCAUAUUAUUCUAUUCCCUUGUUAUUUGGAGUUUACAGUGUUUCCCCUUUUUAGAUGUAGAUGGCAACGGACUCGUGGAGGUGAUUUAUAAAUAUGUGCCGCAUCGUGAAAGCAGACAAAGAGGCCGCGUGGCCCGAUGCUCCCCUCCAGACUGCUGGGACAUUCUGUAUUCGGCUGUCUUUGAGCACAUCUGGCCGGGGAGAGAGAGAACGUAAUGCAUGGAUGGAGACGACUAUAAUUCACCAAUCUCUCCUUCCUCCCCUCCCUCCCUCCCUCCCUCCCGACUCUCCUGCCAAUGCCUUCGCCAGAGAUAUAUUAUUCACACAGUGUGAUUUAUUUUCUACAGACACGCAGUAAAAGGCCUUUGCCUGUGUUAAAAGAGCUGGCUGGCAGCCAGGGGUUUAAUGACUGGGGCCUAGUCCAGUGGUGGGGAGGAGAAGCCAGGGGCUCAGUUAGAACCCCCCCCCCCCCCCCAGGGGAUCCAGGACGGAUGACUCAUAUACACACUGACUCCCCCCCCCUCCAGUGUUGUUACUCCUCUUCUGCCCUCCGUGUCCUUCUCUUCUCCUUCUGCGCUCCUUGCUCUUCGUUCCUCCGCCGCCUCUCUCGCACCAUCCCCUUGUUCCUCCCCCUCCCCCUUCUAUCGCUCUUUUCUUCUUCCCUUUCUCUUUCUGUUUUCCCCCUUGUCUCCCCUCCCCCUCAUUCCCCCAUUACCCUCUCUUUUCCCCAUUCUAACUGGCCCUCCUCUAGCAUGACUUACUGCCUCACUUCACAGCUUUAGCCCAAUUAAAACACGUGCACACGUACAAAUACAAAAUUAAGAUUAUUGUCUGACACUCAAACUACUCUGUAGUGAUUUAAUUUUGUAUGCAUGUGUGUGUGUGUGUGUGCGUGUGUGUGUGUGUGUGUGUUCCUACAGCAAUCAGCAGGUCUCACUGCAGCUGACAGCAAUCUCUCACAUGCAUAUUUGCAUGAAAGCAGGUCACCUCCUCCUAAAUUAGUGAGAAUAAUUGUCUUUGUGUCACAUGACUUGUUCAAACACAUGCACGCACUUUCAUGCAGGGAAACCCUCGCGCUAAAUGAUCCACGUGAAGGGUGACUUCACCCCGGAGCUGGUCUGUGGGCGUGUGUCUCUGUGGAGUGACUUCCUGUUCCACAGAGACACAGGUCCUCGGAGCCAGGCGGCCCUCACAUGGCUGAAGGUCACUGGUUUUAUGUUCCGUGGAUGCAGCUCAUAAAUUUCUGCUACUUUGUCGUGUGUGUGUGUGUGUGUGUGUGAGAGAGAGAGAGAGCUGAGCGUGUCCACAGCUCAUAAACUACUGCUACUUAGUUGUUUUUGCAUAAGACUAAUUUCACUGUCUGCCCUGAAUUCUUGAGCAACAAUAAAGUGAGAUGUUAAACGGA